AUGCGGUUCUCUAGUCUUCUCGGUCUUUGGGCAUCCUCCGCCGUUGCAUUGGAACGGACGGUCCCUCCCCGCCCAACCAUCACUCCCGGCCCUCUACAGCCUUACAAGGCUUUCCCCGUAUCUCCACCGCGGACAAAGACGUGUUUUGUGAAGCCUAGCUGCACGAAGGGAAAGGAUGAUUCGGCCAAGAUCCUCGCUGCCUUUGAGGAGUGCAAUGACGGCGGUACAGUAGUGUUUGAUGAAGAGUACACGAUCUGUUCGCCGCUGGACCUCCGUUUCUUGAAGCAUGUGGAUAUCGCCAUAACGGGAACCAUCAAGUUCUGUGACGAUAUCGACUAUUGGCUUCCGCGGACAUUCAAGUUUCAGUUCCAGGGAUCCUCCACCUGGUGGGUUAUUGGCGGCGAGGACAUCAACAUUUAUGGCUCCGGCGUCGGGACGCUUGAUGGCAAUGGCCAGGCGUGGUACGAUCGGUUUGCUACCAAUAAGACACUCCAGCGCCCCCUGCUGCUGGUGACGGAUGGGCUGCAUGGUGGAAGCAUUACAGGUCUCAAUAUGAAGAACUCGCCAAAUUGGCACAAUCUCAUUGCGAAUAGUUCCGAUAUUCUGAUAUCUAACAUUGAGGUACAUGCUGGGUCAACAAGCGCAAAUCCGGCCAAGAAUCUUGAUGGCUGGGAUACUUACCGCUCUGAUAACAUCGUUAUUCAAAAUUCUUACCUCGACCAUGAUGAUGACUGCGUGUCGUUUAAGCCCAACAGCACAAACAUUAUUGUCCAGGGUUUGGUGUGCAACAGCUCGCACGGCAUCUCCGUCGGCUCUCUGGGCCAGUACCCCGAGUAUUUCGACAUCGUUGAGAAUCUAUACAUCUACAAUGUCACUCUGAGCAAUGCCACCGAUGGUGCCAGACUCAAGGUCUGGCCCGGGUCGGAGACUGAUUUCCAGCCAGGUCUUGGAGGUGGCGGCGGCUCAGGAUACGUCCGCAAUGUCACAUAUGAUACUUUCGGGAACAUCAACAACGAUGGCGCCAUCAAGAUCGAUCAAUGUUAUGGAGAGAAGAACGCCACUCGCUGCGAGGAGUUCCCGUCAAAGAUGAACAUUACCGAUGUGUUGUUCAAGAACUUCUAUGGGACGACGUCGAAGUCGAAUGAUCCCAUUGUUGGGUCUCUUAUUUGCUCUACCGAAACUUCGUGUGACAACAUUCGGGCAGAAAACAUCUCUAUCACUCCACCGAGCGGGAAGCCAGCUCAGUGGCUAUGCAGGCAUAUGGACGAGAGUCUACUCGACCUUCCUGGCGUGGGUUGUAUCGCAGGCUGA